GAAAACCUCAUAUCACUCUAAUAAUUUUAUUACAAAGAAAAUUUUAAUUAACCAGUCGUCCAAUGUUCUUUAAGAAAUCCAUUAACCCAUUUGCCUGGCUCUUUAUUUCCCACGUUUAAUUGCUUAAUCACUGAUUAAAUCCACAUAGAAUUCAUAGAAACUUGUUGCAGCAACACCUUUGUGAGCAUUGGAAGAACAUUCAUUACCAUUUUGGAUAUUGAAGGUGAUCAAGACCUGUUCAUCAUGGAAACAACAACAAUGGUGAAGAUCAAGAUGAUCAUGGCCAUGCUGUUGAUGGUGAUGAUGGUUUUUGUUGGAGAUGCAGCUGAUACAAAUAGUGUAUAUGAUCCUUGCUCAGAUGCAAAAAUCCGGAGAUUGGAUGGUUUUACUUUUGGUCUUGCAUUUUCAAAGAAAGACUCGUUCUCAUUCAACCAGACUCAGCUUUCACCCUGUGAUAGUCGUCUAAACCUCGCAGGAAACAAUGCACAACUUGCUGUGUUUAGGCCAAAGGUUGAUGAGAUGUCUCUCCUAACUAUCAACAGCAGCACCUUCAGCCCGAUUAAGGCUGGUGGCUAUAUGGUAGCGUUCGCGGGACGCAAGUAUGCGGCAAGAUCACUCCCAACAUUGGUUGCUGAUGAUUCAAACACCAUAACUAGUUUCACCUUGGUACUUGAAUUCCAAAGAGGCACUCUUCAAAACUUGUAUUGGAAGAAAUUUGGGUGCAAGGCAUGCUCCGGGGACUAUUCUGUUUGCCUCAACAACGAAGAUUGUGCUGUGCCAAACUCAAAGUGCAAAAGCAGUGGGGGAUCUUUUGACUGCAAUUUAAGCAUACAGUUGGCAUUCUCAGGAACAGACAAGCAUCUUCAAGUGCUCAACUCCUGGUAUGAGGUGACAAAUCUUCGAAGCUACUCGCUGUAUGGCCUAUUCUCCAAGCUUCUGCAAUGAUCAUGCAACAACUGGAACAGCUCUUUAGAAUAUGCGCUGAUGGAUUGGUCUCCAAACUCACAAGCUCGAAUAUAUGGUUAUUGUAUUCAACCUGGUCUUGAUUUUUAGGCGCCCAAAAUCUUCCCGGGAACGAAAAGCUUUCGCAGCUAUGCCUAUGAAUAUGUAGAAGUUAUAUGCACCAGUCAGGGCAUCAGGGUGAGCACAGAGAAAAAUGAUAGAGUAAAAUACUUAUUAGGGGUUUGCUUUGUGGGCUAACUAGAGACACUGCAAAUAAAUUGAAUCAAUGUUGAUAUGUGAACGUCGUGUAAUUUGCAAAACAGCUCGGUUUUCUUUUCCA